AUCAGUAUUUCAGGAAGGCGACCACACUGCACUUUGUAAAAGACAAAAAUUGCAAUUUGGCAUCGUUUUAUCAACAAAUUAUACGUUUUACUUGCGGAAAUGUGUAACUAAGAGGAGUUAGUGCCGGGCAUUCGACGAAGGUCACCCAGUAGACAACAGCAGGCAGCCACAAAGGCGGGUGGGUGGCAGCAAACAAAGAGGCGAAACACCCGAAUAAAGACAAACACACACACUGUCAAACAUCUCGACAAACAAACAGAACCUGGCUGAGACGCAGAAGUGAUAUAAGUUGAAAGGCCAAGCAACUAAUUCGAUUGCCAGCCCCCAACUUGUCCAGGAACGCGAACGUGAAAGCUGCUUGUUGCGCCAGGGAAUAAGCGAAGGUCAGCAAGGUGUCUGCCUACGAAAGCAUGGACUUGCAGCAUAUGGAGAAUGGCCUCAGCGGCGGGGGCGGAGGAGGCGGAGGCGGUGGCCUCAGUGAAAUAGACUUCCAAAGGCUGGCGCAAAUCAUCGCAACCAGCAUCCAAAAGGUGCAGCAAAAUGUCUCCACCAUGCAGCGCAUGGUUAAUCAACUGAACACGCCCCAGGAUUCCCCGGAACUGAAGAAGCAACUCCAUCAAAUAAUGACCUACACCAACCAGCUGGUGACCGACACAAACAAUCAAAUCAACGAGGUGGACAAGUGCAAGGAGCGCCACCUGAAGAUCCAGCGGGACCGACUGGUCGAUGAGUUCACGGCGGCACUGACCGCCUUCCAGGCCGUCCAGCGCAAGACUGCGGACAUAGAGAAGAGUGCGCUACGGCAGGCGCGGGGCGACAGCUACAACAUCGCCCGCCCGCCCGGGUCCUCGCGCACCGGAAGCUCCAACAGCAGCGCCAGCCAACAGGACAACUUCUUCGAGGACAAUUUCUUCAAUCGCAAAUCAAACAACCAGCAGCAGCAACAGCAGCAGACGCAGAUGCAGGAGCAGGCGGACCUGCAGGCGCUGGAGGAGCAGGAGCAGGUCAUCCGUGAGUUGGAGAGCAAUAUUGUGGGGGUCAAUGAGAUUUACAAGAAGUUGGGUGCCCUGGUCUACGAGCAGGGACUGACGGUUGAUUCAAUUGAGUCACAGGUGGAGCAAACAAGCAUUUUCGUCUCACAGGGAACCGAGAAUUUGCGCAAAGCGAGCUCUUACAGGAACAAGGUGCGCAAGAAGAAGCUGAUCCUGGUGGGCAUCCUGGCCGCAGUGCUCUUGGUCGUCAUCUUGAUACUCGUCUUUCAGUUCAAGAACUAAACUAAAUCCGAAUCAUUCAAACCAAAACUAGUAAAUAUUGUUGUGAAAAGACAAGAGUUGCCGCAUACAGGCCCCUAACCCUAUCCCCCUAACACACCCCACCAUUGGACCUUAGGCGCAUUUGUGGCUUCAAAACCUUAAACCUCCACUUCCAUUACUUGGCUAAAGAUCGAGCAACUCGGUAACUAAGGCAAAGGCAAGGAGUAUUCACCGAACAAGUGCAUAUACGUUAUAUUCGCUUUAAAAUUAUAUUAUCUUAUCUUUUAUAUUGUCUAUACUAUUAUUAUUACGCACCCUGUAUAUUGAUAUAUUGAUUAACAACUGUGUUGGCUACAAAUUCUAACAAUAUGUUCCAAAACUCAUUCGCCAGCGCUUAAUAUAUGGUAUUUAGAUUUAAGAAGAGGCAGAGAGGAAGAUCCAUACAAUCCAUGUACGAAAAGUGAAAUAAUAAAAACGAGAAAACUGA